AUGAAUAUAUUCAGCAAUAAAACUAAAAGAACCGCGGUAUCCGCAUGGAUUGGUAUGCAAAUUAUUGUAAUUCUCUCCUCUCAAAUUGAUUGCAUUUAUUCCAUAUCAAAUUCAUUUAUAAUUCAAGAACGUAUGACGUCGAAUCGUUAUGAGGAAGAUGAUCUAUCUGAUAUGUUUCAAUUGUGUGAAGCUAUCAGAUUGCAAGAGACUGGACCUAAAGAAGCUAGUAAAUCUUUGAGACAUGUUUUUAAAUAUGGUGAUACACAUUCUCAGCUUCGUGGUCUCACUAUUUUAAAAGCAUUGGUUGAUAAUCUUGGUGAAAAUUUUCAAGUUCACGUUUCCACUCCAAAGUUUGUUGAACUGCUGAAAUCUAUGGCGAAUUCUCCGGCUACCGAUCCGAGAGUUCACAAAAGUUUAAUGUUACUGCUCUCUCAAUGGUCCAAUAAUUUCAAAAAUCAACCCAAUAUGUACGCUGUAUCUCAUUUAUAUGAUAGUGUGAAUCAUAAGGCCGGUUAUUCUAGGAGAAAUUCUGGCACGAGACCUGUACCUCAGAUUCCAUCUUCCUCAAGUUCUAAAGAAGAACGAAAAAGUUUAGAUAAAUCUAAUAAUAAAAGACCACAAUCCCCUAAAUCUCCUACCUAUUCACCCGAAAAA